CUAAUAGUGCGAAACCCCAAUUCAAAACCCAAACCCUAAACCCACACCAGUGCCAUUAAAAUUCAAAUUUUGUCUAAAAUGAACAAUCCAGCGUUGAAUCUGCUGGACAAAGCUUUAGGUUUAGAGCAACAGAGUGAAGCAUGGCCACUGAGUCGGCGAGUCUUGGUGAUCCAGGACUGCGUCGAGACAAGCGGCUCGUUCGUGCUUCACCAACUCAUGAAACGCGCUCUCUCUUCAAAUUCAUCGAAUGUUAUCAUCUUCGUCGCCUUCUCCAAUUCCUUCUCUCAUUACGAUCGCAUUCUCCGUAAACUCGGGUGCAAUUUAGUCACACAGAGGGAUAAUAAGCGCUUCUUUUUCUUUGAUAUGCUUAUGCUUCAGUGUACAGAUGGAGAUGAAGCGAAAUCUGGUAAAGGUGGACUGAUAUUAUUGUAUGAGAAAAUACGAAAAACUAUUUGUGCCUUACCGAAAGACAAGAAGAAUUACGUUACAGUCAUGAUAGAUGAUAUGUCUCUCAUGGAGGUGGCUGCUAAUGGUGCUUCAGAUUACGUCUUAGAUUUCUUGCAUUACUGCCACACUUUAACAUCAGAAUUUGAUUGUUCAUUAGUUGCACUUAAUCAUGAGGAUAUAUAUUCAAGCAUCGAGAGGCCUAUGUUUAUAUUACAAAUGGAGUACCUUGCAGACAUCCUGAUAAAAACAGAGCCUUUGGCUACUGGCUUGGCAGCUGAUGUGCAUGGGCAGUUGACGAUCUUGAACAAGGGAAUUUCCGAUUCCCUGGAGAGCUCAAGGAACAAGAUACACAAUUUCCACUUCAAGGUCAAGGAAAAUGGUGUUGACUAUUUCUAUCCUGGGAGCCGGGCUUGAGAAACCUGCAACUUUAUUUUUAUCGAAAAUUGAAUUGCUACCCUGACAUACUUGGAUGUAG